AUCCCUGCUCAAGGUGGUUGUCAACUGUCAAACAUAAUUCUUGGCCGCGCCGAAUGACGCUCGCACUCCGUUCUUGGCUUGCUGGACCCUUUUCCGAUUUCGCGUUGUGGUCAAAACGUUUUCCUUCGUGCAUUAUUAGUCCACAUAAGUAAAAUACUGAGAGUCUCGUUCGAAUAAAACACGAACGCGACGAACAGUGCACAUACGCGUAUUCCUCCCUGUAUCGCGACCAAACUGUACACCGGCUGAACAGCUUUUGCAUCGUUUACACACAAAUACACGGUACGAACGGUACACACUACGAUGGCGGAUUCGGCCACUGAAAGCACAAAUGCAAGCGCAGCCACAGCGGCGGCCGCCGCAACAAACUGGGUGCAAAAAACGGAAGAUCAGGAGAUUUCUAAUCUGGUGGAUGGGUUAGUUAUCGCAAACAAGGACAAAGCUAGUGUCGAAGGUAAACAGGACGCGUCUACAGCGAAGCCAGAACAUGCGGAAACUCCCGUAAAUGGUGCCGCAGUAGCAGCUGGAACCGCUGCUUCACCUGCAGGAUCAGAAGAGAUCGAAACUGUGAAUCCGGCCGAUGCAAGCCUGCUGAUGAAAAUCAUUCGCAAAGGUUUAGUCGAAUCGAAGCUAGAUCUGGAGGUGCAGCGCAAAGACCCAUCCUCGCCACUACAUUCCGUCAAAUCGUUCGAAGCUUUGCACCUGAAGCCGGAGCUGCUACAGGGCGUGUAUGCUAUGGGAUUUAACGCACCAUCGAAGAUUCAAGAAACAGCCCUGCCGACGCUGCUUGCCGAUCCGCCUCAGAACAUGAUCGCCCAAAGCCAGUCGGGAACGGGCAAAACGGCUGCCUUUGUGCUGGCCAUGCUGAGUCGGGUUGAUCCGCGCAAACCUUAUCCCCAGGUUAUCUGUCUCUCGCCAACGUACGAACUUGCGAUCCAGACGGGGGAAGUCGCGGCGAAGAUGGCAAAGUUUUGCAAGGAAAUCAAGCUCCGGUUUGCUGUACGUGGCGAAGAACUACCCAAAGGAAAGAAGAUAACCGAUCACAUCAUCAUCGGAACUCCGGGCAAACUGAUGGACUGGGGCAUUAAGUUCCGUGCGUUCGAUCUGCGCAAGAUUUCCGUGUUUGUGCUGGACGAGGCAGAUGUGAUGAUUGCUACCCAGGGACAUCAGGAUCAAUGCAUCCGCAUCCAUAAACAGCUGUCGUCGUCGUGUCAGAUGAUGUUCUUUUCGGCUACGUACGAAAAAGAAGUGAUGGACUUUGCGGAGUACAUCGUACCGAAUCCGAUCAUUAUACGGCUGGCCCGGGAGCAGGAAUCGCUUGACAACAUCAAGCAGUACUAUGUUAAGUGUAAGAACCAGGACGAAAAGUAUCAGGCCAUCUCAAACAUCUAUGGUGUGAUAACGGUUGGGCAGGCUAUCAUCUUCUGUCAUACUCGAAAAACCGCUGGAUGGUUGUCCGGUAAGAUGACCCAGGAUGGUCAUUCUGUGGCAGUGCUGUCCGGUGAGCUUACCGUCGAGCAGCGGUUGGCCGUACUGGAUAGAUUCCGUGCAGGGCUGGAAAAAGUACUCAUUACAACGAACGUGUUAUCAAGAGGAAUCGAUGUCGAGCAGGUAACGAUUGUUGUGAACUUUGAUCUGCCGAUGGACCAGAACGGUCGAGCUGAUUGUGAAACUUACCUGCACCGAAUUGGUCGCACGGGUCGUUUUGGCAAAAACGGUAUCGCCAUCAAUCUGGUCGACAGCGAACACAGCAUGGACAUUUGUCGAACCAUUGAGUCGCACUUCCAGAAAAAGAUUCAACUUCUGGAUGCUGAGAAUUCGGAUGAAAUCGAAAAGAUUGGCUCCUAAACAAGCGCUGCGGAGUUGCAAAUGCGUAUGACGGCAUGAGAUUGUGCUAAGUAAUUUAGCUUUUAAAAGCAAAUUUUCGACUUUACCGCAGAACGAAGGUGGCGACCUAGGAUAGAAUUACUUCAUGAAGCUUAAACUUCGACGAUGAAAAACAAACAAAGGAAAUUAUCGCUAAAACAAA